AUGUUUAAAUAUCUUAAAACCACAAAAGAAGGCGUUUUAUGCUUAAGGCAAAUAACAACAGCGAUCAAUAUAGAUGUGACCGCAUCUCCAACGAAGUCAUUCAAUGAUGUCCCUGGUCCAACCGCGUUACCUGGUAUCGGACAGUUGUAUCAUUUCCUACCAGGAGGUUCACUUUACAAUCUAAGAGGUUAUGACUUACAAAAUUUUCUUUAUAAAAAGUAUGGACCUGUUGUUGGAAUGAAAGGACAUUUUGGUGCAAAAGACUCCAUUUUACUAUUCGAUCCCGAAGUCGCAAUACAGAUAUAUCGAUCAGAAAAUGCAUCGCCUAUAAGAAUGGGAUUUUUCGCUGCGCAAUAUUACAAAAAUGUAAUUAAAAAGGAGAAGGGUGAAAUAGAGAGAAAAUACAACGGGCUUAUUUUCGAUCACGAGGACAAGUGGAGGGAAAUGAGAACGACAAUCAAUCCAAUUAUGAUGCAAGCAAAGUCAUUAAAGAUGUACUCGGAAGCACUGGACGAGAUAGCAAUGGAAGCUAUUGCAAGAAUGAAGUCUAUUCGUAAUGAAAAUAACAUGGUUGUGAAUGAUCUUCUUGAGGAACUUAUGUUGUACGUAUUAGAAUUUACGGGACAAGUAGCAUUAGGUCGCCGAUUAAAUGCUUUCGCUCCUAAUGUACCGGAAGAUGCCGUGUCCCGAAAAUUACUUGAAAACGUACAUGAUUUCUUUAAAGUCUCAGAUAAAUUAGAUUUUCAACCAAACAUGUGGAGAUUAUAUCCAACCAAGACAUUCAGGAAAGCUAUAAAAAUCUUUGACCGAGCGGAAAAGUUAAACGAAUAUCUACUAAGAGAUGCUAUGGAAAAACUAAAAACUGAUCCAAAGCCUGAAGACAAAAAGGGUGUCAUAGAAAGAUUAGCGGAAAUAAAUAUGGAUGUGGCAUUAGCGUUUCUUGAUGACUUUUUUUUCGUAGGAGUUGACACCACAGCAAAUGCAACGCUAUCAGUGCUAUAUUUGCUAGCGACCAACCCUGAUAAACAAACUAAAUUGAGAGAAGAAAUCAUGGCGAAAGGAAGUCGCCGACCAUACUUAAGAGCGUGUAUAAAGGAGGCAGCGAGAAUUAGACCUGUGGCGCUUGGAAAUUUAAGACUAUCCACAACAGAUUAUAAUAUCUUUGGCUACGAAAUUCCUAAAGAUGUACGUAUUCGUACGUAA